CAAAGAACAACUCUAUCCUCUUUUCUCUCUGUGUUGGCGCCAUGUCGAGAGAGCGUUUGGUGAAGGCCGUGAAGCAGUUUGCGGAGGUUCAAUACAAGAUUCUCUCUAAGCGUUAUGGCCAAAACAUCAUCGACAUCUUAGAUUUCCCUAUUAAGCUCGUCUUGUCUCCAUUCACUUUGGCCUUCGACAUUGCUGGUUCUGCUCCUCGUGGCUUCGGUGUCCCCGAGCUUAUCUCUAAGCUCUCUUGUGCUUCCGUCUUCGCUAUUGCUACUUUUGGGACUUAUGACAUUGCAUUAGAGAUGGGGAGGAAGUUGAUAUGUCAAAGGAAUUGUCGUACGUGUAAUGGAUGGCAGGCCUUGCGGUGUACUAUGUGCCGAGGAAGUGGAAGGGUGCACUAUCAAGUGAAGAGUUGCACCUUGAAGAGUGGAGAGAAAGCGACUGCCGAAUCUGUAGCAGAUGCCAUUGUCGACAACCGAGCUGAGUUAGUGCAUAUCCCAUCCGCCUUGGAUUUUCAGAAACCAUUACCAACAAAAGACUGUCCAACAUGUGAUGGAACGGGUGUAAUGGGCUGUCCUGAAUGCAAACACAAAUUGCAAGUUAGGAUUUCAGCAGAUGAUAUUAUGGAGCCCCCAUGGCAAGCUUAUAAUGUCUUGAAAAAAAUGGAUUAUCCAUAUGAGCACAUUGAGCACAGCAUGAAAGAUCCCAGUAUUGCUGCAUUUUGGCUGUUUACCUUUCCUCAGAUUAUGGGUGGAUUUACCUAUGAUGAUGAUGUGAAGCAGAAAGUAUGGUGGCAGUACAAGGAAUCCAUGCGGUAUGAUCAACUCCGAGAUGUGGUGGCCAAGAGGAAACCGGGGUGGGAGUAUUUGCAGGAUGCCUUGAUAUCUAUAGAUCCUGACCGUGCAAGGGAUGAUCCUGUCAUAGUGAAAAAUGUCCCUUACUAUAAGGCUAAGAAGGCACUGGAGACAGAGGUCAUGAAGCUUGACCCUCCAACAAGACCGCCAAAUUGGGGUGAGCUUGACCUUCCAUUGAGUGCAUCAUCUUGGAGUGAGGAUGAUCUCAAAGAUCCAGAAAAGUUCUAUGAAAUGACUGUUCUUCUUAAUGCCCAAAGAGAAAUCUCUGAUAAGAUCUUGGAUGCACAGUGGGAGACUAAAUGGCGUCAGGAGAAGUUGAAUGAGAUGUUGGAGGAAAAGGUGCAGCCAUACUUUCAGAAUAUAGACAAUGCAGUUCUUUCUGAGCCGAUUUUAUUAAAACCACAAAAUCAGGAUAAGAAGACACAUCGAAAACGGAGGUGGUGGUUCUUUUGACAACAUGGGCAACGCCACAACAUGCAAGAGCAUGCUUGUAGUCGCCAUUUUAAAUUUUAGAAUCUGUAAGCAAACCAUACAUACUGUUCCUAGAGCAAUGUUACAUGUUUUUGUCUUGUUGUAAGCCUUGAUGCAGUGCCUAUCAUCAAACGCACAUGUUUUGCCUCUUUUUGGUGGUCAUCAUUUUGUGGAGGAAACAGUUGUUCGUGAUACACGAAAUACAAUUUAUGAAAAGACUUAUGUUAAGUCUAGAGGAACAUGACAA